AUGAUUAGUAAGCGCCUGGUGGAUGUGGCUGAGCUCUUGGAGGCUGCCUAUGCCCACUCCCUGCCUGGCCUCGGGGUCUGUGUGGGCCGCACAGAGCUACUGCAAUCCCUCAGACACACUGACAAUGCUCAACCCCUGGAGGAAGUUCCAGCUGCUGUGGUGGAGAGUGAUGAGUUUAUGAACUCCAAGAAGUCCCAUGAGGUGCAGGCCAUGUCAGAGGUGGUGGCCAGUCUAGCCCAGCGCUGCCGGGUCAAACAGGUGAUUGAUGUGGGCUCGGGGAAAGGUUACCUGUGCUCCUUCCUGUCGCUGCAGUACGGUCUCCAGGUGUACGGCAUCGACUAGUCCAGCGUCAACACGCACGGCGCCCAGGAGAGGAACAGGAAGCUCAAGAAGUACUCCCGGGCCUACCAGAGGCACAGCAAAGCCAAUAGGACUCCGACAGUGAUGCCCCCCUCAGGCCAGGAGGACUUGGAGGA